UGUUCCUUUAUUCAGCUUCCCCGCCCUCUCCGUCGGACAAGCCAACGAUUUCAAAGAUCACUCACAACCCUCACUCUUUUGACUUUCGAGUUCUCUCUCUCCGAUAGAAUCCCCCUAAUUUUUCAAUUUUAAAGGAUGCUUGCUAUAGACCCAGAAAAAAAGUUAUCUUUUACCCGUCGCAUUAGUGAUGGAGAUUUGGUCAUUAUCUAUGAGAGGCAUGACAGCAUGAAAGCUGUCAGAGUAUGCGACGGUUCAGUACUCCAAAACCGAUUUGGUGUGUUUAAACAUUCAGAUUGGAUUGGGAAGCCUUUUGGGACAAAGGUUUUCAGUAACAAGGGUGGAUUCAUUUACUUGCUUGCUCCAACUCCCGAGUUGUGGACUUUGGUUCUUAGCCACAGAACCCAGAUCCUUUAUAUUGCUGAUAUUAGCUUUGUGAUCAUGUAUUUGGAAAUUGUUCCGGGUUGUGUGGUUCUUGAAUCGGGAACCGGAAGCGGGUCUUUAACUACUUCACUUGCAAGGGCAGUUGCUCCCAAAGGGCAUGUUUAUACGUUCGAUUUUCAUGAACAAAGAGCGGCUUCGGCUAGGGGGGAUUUGGAGAAGACGGGAUUAAGCAGCUUGGUCACUGUCGGAGUCAGAGACAUUCAGGGUGAAGGGUUUCCUGAUGAAUUUGCCGGGAUGGUGGAUUCCGUCUUCCUGGACCUACCUCAACCCUGGCUGGCUAUUCCUUCAGCAGGUAAAAUGUUGAAAGACGAUGGGAUUUUGUGUUCCUUCUCUCCAUGUAUCGAGCAAGUUCAACGAGCAUGCGAAACUCUCAGAUCAAAUUUUACAGAUAUAAGGACAUUUGAGAUACUCCUCCGCGCGUAUGAAGUUCGAGAAGGAACAAUGGAAGGCUGCAAGGGCGAUGAUGGUGUUUCUAUUGGGGCUCUUCCACGCAAGAGGCGACAGCGAUCAAGUGAAGGAAGCAACGUGCAGGAAUUUCAAAGGUCUUCUAUAGCAAUGGCCAGGCCAUGUGCUGAGGCUAAAGGUCACACUGGCUAUUUGACGUUUGCCAGACUCAAAUGCUCAUAGAUUAUUUAGCUCCUCUUCCAUUUAAGUAGGAGGUUAUAAGAUUCAUUUUCUUGUAAAAUAACUUUUGACCACUCCAAGAUUUUGAUCUUCUUGGUAGCAAUUUUGAUUAGUAAUUAUCGGGCACUUUGAAUUUCACAAAUUAUUUAUUGAAAAGAAAGAGAAUGUAACACAGAGAGGAUUUGAUGGUCACCAUAUUUGUUGUCUGCGAGUAUAAUCAGUGAA